CCACCGUAGACUGACUGCGGGGUUGGGGUUGUACCUUGUCCUGGUCCACUCUUUACCAGGUGGUGGCGGUAAUGCGCCGAUAUGUGUUCGCCCUCCGCCAACAAAAACAAAGAAGCAGCAGCAGCCGUUACACACGUGGUCUCGGCGAGCGGCGGCAGCAGACGAGAGAAACGAUCACCGUACAACAGUUAACAUGAGACCAGGCUUUAGUCCACGCGGGGACCGGGGCGGACGAGGUGGAGGCAGAGGUGGGUUUGGUGGACGCGGAGGCUUCAGAGGAGGCAGAGGCGGAGGCUUCAAGUCAUCUGGCGGUAUUGGAUUUCGAGGCAGAGGGGGUGGCAGAGGUACCCCAAGAGGCAGAGGGGGGAGGGGAGGCUUUGCAGGAGGGAGAAAAGUCUUGGUUGAACCACACAGACAUGAAGGUGUGUUCAUUUGCAGAGGAAAGGAGGACGCCCUGGUAACCAAGAACAUGGUAGUGGGAGAGUCUGUGUAUGGAGAAAAGCGAAUCAGUGUCGAGGAAGGAGAGACUAAGAUUGAAUACAGAGCCUGGAACCCAUUUCGUUCUAAGCUGGCAGCAGCCAUCUUGGGGGGUGUUGACCAGAUUCACAUCAAGCCUGGCGCAAAGGUUAUGUACCUGGGAGCUGCCUCUGGCACCACGGUGUCACAUGUUUCUGACAUUGUAGGGCCGGAGGGCUUGGUCUACGCUGUGGAGUUCUCUCAUCGCUCAGGUCGUGACCUCCUAAAUGUGGCCAAGAAACGCACAAACAUCAUUCCUAUCAUUGAAGAUGCUCGACACCCCCACAAAUAUCGCAUGCUGGUUGGCAUGGUGGACAUCAUUUUUGCUGACGUUGCCCAACCUGAUCAGACACGAAUUGUGGCUUUGAAUGCUCACAACUUUUUGAAGAAUGGGGGACAUUUUGUUAUUUCUAUUAAGGCUAACUGUAUAGACUCAACAGCAGCUCCAGAGGCAGUUUUUGCCUCUGAAGUAAAGAAGAUGAGUGCUGAGAACAUGAAACCACAGGAGCAGCUCACCCUUGAACCCUACGAGAGAGACCAUGCUGUGGUGGUGGGCAUCUACAGACCUCCACCCAAACAGAAGAAAUAAUGUGGAAGAUGAUAUGGGGGACUUUUGUAUAAAAUUUGUAAUUAAAGAGACUGAUGGGA